UUUAAGUGUACAUAUUUUUUUUUAUUUUUUUUUUUCGUCCAUCUAAACAACAUAUUCUUCCGUUUCUUCUUUAUCCUUGUUCAAAACAGCUGGAAAAAAGUUUAAACAAACAACAAAAGAAAAAUCAUAUCGACAUUUCUUUAAAUUAAGCAACAUGGGAGGAUACAGAGUUUAUAUUGGUCGUCUUGCUCGCGAUGCACAACGCAGAGACAUCGAAAGUCUUUUCAAAGAUUACGGACGCAUUCUUGAUGUUACAGUGAAAACCGGUUUCGGCUUUGUGGAAUUUCAAGAAAAAGCCGAUGCGGACGAUGCUGUUCACGAUAUGCAUGAUACACGUUUCUUAGGACAAAGAAUUAUUGUUGAACAUGCCAUGAGCCCUCGUCGUGAACGUAGAGAAAGAGAUUUUGAUACCAACCGUAUCGUUGUAAAGAAUAUUCCUCCAAAGACCACUUGGCAGGAUCUCAAAGAUUUCUGUAAAAAGGCAGGCCGUGUUACAUUUGCUGACAUUCUCAAGGAUCAUGAUGGCGAAGGAAGAGAUGAUAUGGAAUAUGCAUUGAAAGAACUGAAUGAUGAAAAAUUAAACGGUUCUCGUGUCAAACUUGAAGAAGCUGGUCGUAGAAGAAAGGGUCGUGAUCGCAGUAGAUCUCCACGACGUCAUUCUUCUCGUCGUUCUCGUACUCGCAGUCGCUCUCUUCACCAGCAGAGGAAUCAAAACAAGAAGAUCGUUCUCGUUCUCGUUCGCGCUCAAUAUCUCGCUCUGUUUCAAAAGAACGUCGUCGUAGCAGUCGUCGUCAGGAUGACAAUGAGGAUGUGAAGAGCAGAAGUCGUAGCCGUAGCCGUAGCCGUAGCCGUAGCCGUAGCCGUAGCCCUGUCGAUGCCAAGCAUGAAGAUAUGGUCAUUGAUGUCAAUGUUAGAGAUGAGGAAGACAAUGAAGAUAUGAAUGAUAAAGCAAAAGAUGAACGAGAUGAACCUGAGGAAGAUGACAGCAGUAGACGCUCUUCUAGACGUAGUAGCAGUAGACAUAGAAGAGAUGACUAAAA